AUGAUCAAAACACAAUUUAUGGCCCUCUGGGACGGUUUGCUCACUGAUGAGUGCUCUCGAAUUUUGGUUGUUGGUGCAACGAAUCGCCCGGAUGAUUUGGAUCAGGCCAUUCUUCGUCGUCUCCCUUACAAGGUUUCUGUCCCGAUGCCCAAUCAGGAUCAGCGCGCGAAAAUUCUGUCCAUCUGUUUACGCGGUGAACCGUUGGCCCGGAGUCUCGGUGAAAAUGAUCUUCGCGAAAUCGCUUCCCGUACUGAUGGUCUGUCGGGUAGUGAACUACACGAACUUUGCCGUGAGGCAGCGUUUUGCUGCUACCGUCAAGAUUGCAAAAAGCAUCGUCUGUUCCAAUCAGAAGCUGUCAAACUAAAGUAG